AUGUAUGGCCUGUAUUUGGAAGCAGUGAAUGACUACAUAAAUGAAUCAUAUGGAGAGGACGUAUGGAGGCUAAUUGAGGCCAGAGCCGAAAUCCCUCACCUCAAAUUUGUUCGCCAUCAGAUGUACAAUGAUAAUCUGAUUCUAAGGCUGGCAAAGGCAGCUGGGGAAGUUUUAGGAAAAACUCAUGAUGAGCUGAUGUACGCUUUCGGGGUCUAUAUGGUCAAGCGGAUAGGAAACUACGGCUAUGAGAGGAUCCUAAAGGUACUGGGGCGCAAUGUUCGAGACUUCAUCAAUGAGCUGGAUAACCUGCAUGAGUAUUUCCGUUUCUCCUUCCCAAAAGUCCAGCCACCCAGUUUCUGUGUGGAGGAGGAAUGUGAGACCAGCCUUACUCUGCACUACCGAUCAACCAGGAAGGGCUUCACACAGUUUGUCAAAGGGCAGCUCUCUCAGGUAGGCAGACAGUUUUACAACACAGACAUUGAGGUGGAGAUUCUUUCCAAAGAGGAAACUGAGAAAAUGACAUAUGUGGUGUACAAGAUGAAUUUUGACAACGCUGCAUUUAAGCACCGUAUGCCCCAGCAGAAAACUGCUCCAGGCUAUGAGAAACUGCCCAUGAAGCAAGGAAUCUUCUUUGACAUGUUCCCCUUCAGCGUGAUCUUCCGCAGGGAUAUGACCAUGUAUCGAAUUGGAGAUGGUUUGAAAGAAGUGUUUUCUGAUCUGCAGGGCAAAAAGGUCAAUGAGGAGUUUACACUGGUGCGGCCCAUGCUGGAAUUCAGCUGGGAUAAUAUCUACACCCAUCUCAACAAUGUGUUUGAGCUACUAUCUAAGGCUGUGGUUGAAAGCAAACAGAAGGUCAACAUCCCCAAACUCAUCAAAGACGAACCAGAGGAGAAAGAGGAGAGUGAGAAACCCAAAAAGGAAUUGAAAGACAUUAAGGUGAUGGAGGAAAUGAAGGGGAUGAAUCAGGAAUAUUGCAGCACUCUGACUCAGUACAACAGCUCUGCUAAUUCUGGAGGAGAAGACAUUGAGCUGCUGGCUUUUCAGACUGUCACUGGUAAGUGCAGUGAAACCAUAUUUGAAGACAUGCGAGAGCCCCCUAAAAAGCCUCUUCACCUAAAGGGCCAGAUGAAGUACGUCCCUCAGUGGGACUCGCUAAUCUUCCUUGGAACUCCCAUUAUUGAGACUGUAGAGGACAUGAUAAAAAUGGGUGUUUACGUCAAUGAUUUAAACCUGCAUGACUCGAGCAGAGAGCUCAUCCUGGCCGGAACGCAGCAAUCAGCCGAACUGCAACUGGCACUUGACCAGGAGCAGCAGAAGUAUGCACAGCUGCAGGAGAUCAUUAAAAAGUUGGAUGAGGAGAAGAAAAGAGGAGACUCCCUGCUGUACGCCAUGAUACCCAAAGCAGUGGCAGACAGACUUCGCAAGGGAAUAACAGCCCUGGAGACAUGUCAGGUGUUCCCAGACGUGACCAUCCUGUUCAGCGAUGUGGUGAAGUUUAAUGAGAUCUGUAUCCACAUCACCCCCAUGCAGGUGGUGGACAUGUUGAACGAGAUCUAUAUAGUUUUUGACACACUCAGCGAGAAGCACAAUGUUUAUAAGGUGGAGACCAUCAGGGAUGCCUACAUGGUCGUGGCAGGUGUGCCAAAUAAGACCACUUUCCAUGCCCACCACAUCUGUGACAUGGCUCUAGAUAUGUUGAGUUCCAUCGAUCACCUGAAAGACCCUUCCACUGGGGACAAUAUCCAUAUUCGCGUGGGUAUUCACUCUGGGAUGGUGGUUGCAGGAGUGGUGGGUUUGAAGAUGCCCAGGUAUUGUCUGUUUGGGGACACGGUAAACACUGCUUCUAGAAUGGAGUCAAAUGGUGUGGGCAUGCAAAUCCACAUUAGUCAGACCACCAAAGACCAUCUCGAGCAUGAGCCAUACAACAUUGAGGAACGAGGAAAGAUUUUUGUUAAGGGUAAAGGUUAUAUGAAGACAUACUGGCUGAAGGGAAAGAAGGAUCUCUCCUUUAAGACUCCAGCAGAGCUGAGAUACAGCAAUGAGCAGAAAGAUUCUGAAGACAGAAGCUCAAAUGGUUCCACUUGCACUUACAGCAAACAUUCCCCUUCUAACCUGAACAUCCCCAAUAAUGAGGAGCAGGCUGAAGGCAAGCCAACUCCCACUGACUUGCACCCUGAAACUCUGCCACCAUUAGAGGGCGCUCCAGACUCAGGCACAUUCAUCAAUGAGUCCCAGGACCAAGAAAAGGCUAAAAAGAUAAAGGAUAGCAAAGGAGGGAAGGCCAAGAAUUCUUCGGGUAAUGCUCAGGAGAGCACUCCCCCCGCUGGUGGUCAGGAGAACACAGCUCUGGAGUUGAACAACAAAAAGCAUAGUUUAAGAAGCCAGUACUCACGAUUACCAGCCAAUCUCCCCAUGCGAAGCACAGCCUGCAAUCUGCUGUGAGAAUCCAAAAAAGAUUGCUGUGAUUGUAUAACACAGAACAACUGGCACCAAAGACUUCACAUUUUUCCAGCUUGCUUCACAGACAGAUGAUUUGUAAAGUCAGAUCAGUUCUA